ACGUCCUUCGCCGGCGUAGGCCCUCAGACUUUACUUUGGAGCAGCACAUGUCAAAGCAACUUAAUCAAUCACUGGUACUGCCCCUGCGCGCGCCGCGGCUAUAGAACCGGCCAAAUACUAUUUGACUAGAAGUCACGCUUCUGUUUUUUGCGGCUAUGUGUCCACAUGGCUAAGUAGAUAGUCUCAGACAGGUCGCUUGCGUUGGAAGCGCGAGGUCACAGAGCAACUUCUGAGCGAAGCCGGCCUUCUGCGCGCUGCCACUGGCACGGCGCUCUUUUACACAAGGCCUUUGAAGAGGCUUCGCUGGAGCUUUGUUUAUAGCUAGCGCCCAAGAAACGUGGGGACAGCAGUGAGCUCCGCCUGUUGCUCUGCGAGGGCGCCUAUAAAAUGAUUGGCUGGAUUAACCUGAGCGUUGAGGCCUUCAUCUGCGACUCGUUUGGUCGGGAUGCUUGGCUCAAGAUUAUUGAGCAGGCGCACGUGGACUGCAACUGGGUGUCAUCAUGUCCGUACCCGGACAAGGUGACGUACGACCUGGUCAUCACGGGCGCCGGCAUCCUGGGCGUCACAGUGCCUCAGGCGCUGGAGGCGUACGGUGCAUACUUUGUGAACUACGUCAUCAAGCAGGGCUACUUGCGGCUGUUGCAGAGCCUGGGCUCCAACAUCGCCGAGUUCCUGGCCAACCUCAACAACCUGCACCUGCACCUGACCAUGGGCUUCCCUUCCAUGGUGGCGCCGGCCUUUCGCGUCGAGGAGGUGACCGGCACGUCUCUGCUGCUGCACUACCACUCAGUGCGGCCCGCGCUGUGGCCCAUCGUGGUGGGCGUGCUCAAGGGAGCCAGCCAGAAGCUGUUUGGGCACGACGUGGAGUUGGAGCUGGUGAGGAGCCGCGAGGCGGGCGACUGCGACCACGAGGUGUUCCGCGUGACCUACCCGCACCAGGAGUCGCUGUCGCACUGGGACGACCACGGCGCCGCGCUGGCCUCCACCUACGCCAUGCCGCGCGACUUCUUCUUCGAGAUGUUUCCCUUCCACCUGCUGCUGGCACAGGACUGCAGCGUGCUGCAGGCGGGCGCGGUGCUACGGCGGCUGUUCUCCAGUCUGACCCCGGGGUCGGCCGUGUCGGACACCUUCAAGCUGCGCCACCCCUUCAUCCCCUUCGAGUGGGACCGCAUCCUGCUGGAGGCCGACACCCUGUUCUUACUUAAGGCUCUGGAGUCGGGCCUGGAGCUGAAGGGGCAAAUGGUCAAGACCCAGAUGCCGGACGGCACGCCCGCGCUGCUGUUCCUGGGCUCCCCCCGCCUUGCCAACCUGGAGGAGAUGAACGGGCACGGCCUGUACCUGUCCGACAUCCCGCUGCACGACAUGAGCCGAGACUUCGUGCUGCUAGCGGAGCAGCGACAGGCUGAGGCUGACCUCAAGGAGCGCUUUGAGAAAAUGGCGGUGGAGCUGCGACAGGCCAAUGAGCGGCUGGAGCUGACCACGCGUUGGCUGGACGAGGAGAAGCACCGCUCGGACGCGCUGCUGUACCGCAUGCUGCCAGCCGACAUCGCGGCCGACCUGCGCGAGGGGCACAAGGUGGAGCCCAUCAGCUACGGCGAGGUCACCAUUCUGUUCUCGGACAUGGUGGGCUUCACCAACACCUCGGCCAAAAGCACGCCCGAGGAGGUGUACGUUAUGCUCAACGAGAUGUACGACAAGUUCGACGACGUGGUUGACGACUUCCCAGACAUCUACAAGCUGGAGACCAUUGGAGACGCCUACUUCCUGGUGUGCAACCUUACCACCGAGGCGGCUACCGUCAGCACCGCCCACAAGCGCAAGACCGAAGAGCUCAUCGCCUUCUUUCUACCGUGCGACAAGCACGUGGAUGUGGUGAUCGACUUCGCCAUCCGCAUGCAGGACGCGGCCAGGCAGGUGAAGAACGCGCAGGGCGAGCCGGUCCAGAUCCGCAUUGGCAUCCACACAGGCCCUGUGGUGGGCGGCGUGCUUGGCGCCAAGACGCCGCGCUUCUCCAUCUACGGCGACACCGUCAACGUGGCCUCGCGCAUGGAGAGCCACGGCCUGCCGGGCAAAAUCCACAUCUCCGGCGCCUCCUACGCGCGCAUCGUGGACAAGCACAAGUACCGAGUGCGGGAGCGAGGCAACAUCGCAGUGAAGGGCCGCGGCAACAUGACGACCUACCUAAUCGGUGGUGUGGAAGACGACUGGCUGCUGCGCCACUCCUCCUUCGACUCCCAGCUGGACGCGCCCUACCGCCACUCCGUGUCCUCGACCUCACUGUCCGUGUCCGGGACCUCGGGUGGCCAGCGGGAGGGCUCCUUCGUCAUCACCGGCUCCGGGAAGUCGGUUGAGAACAUCGGCGGCAUCGGCUCCAACCGCGUCAUGGCAAUGGAGGCGAUCACCGAGGCCGCUACGGAGGAGGGCGAGCGCCACUCGCGCCCGCUCGUCAGCGGCGCCGACAAUAUCGCCUCCAGCGCCUCCAUCAACGCUAACGUACUCCUUGUCACCGGCGACCACACCAACAUCGCCAACAGCUUCCUCAGCACCGCGCCGGCGCCGCGCUCCGCAGCCGAGGACCCGGCGCGGUACCAGCGCUACCCCAGCUCGGGCUUUGGUGGCGGGAGCGGGGGCCAACCCGUCCGGGCGUCGCCGUCGCGGCGCGGCACCGGCACCGCCACGGGGUCCAUAUUGGCAGCUGGGGACAGCUUCCGCGAGGGCAAGCCGCCAGUGGCGCGCGACGCCUCUUACGGCCAGCUGUCAAAUUCUGGCCUGGGGGCGCGCGAGGGGUCAUUCGGCACCGGCGGCGCCUCCGGCGCGCAACCGUCGGGCCGUGAGACCAGCUUCCGGGCUGUGUACGCUCGCAGUGGCCGCACCGGCGGCGGCCCAAACAGUCCGCAGGUGGCCGCCAACAGCCGCAGCCAGGCGGCGUCACCGCUGGUCGGCGGGGCGGCGGGCGGGGCUGGCAGCUUGCUAGCCGCAGGGAACGCGUCGACCGGCAGCGCGGGCAGUAGCUCCAAUGUGCAACAGCUAGUGGGGGCCGUCAGUGCACCGGUGGAGCCCAGUGCGGCGGAGGGCGGCGUGGUCGAGUCGGGCGGCAGUGCCAGCGGCAACGGCAUGCGUGUGAAUGCGUCGGACGCAUUCCGGGUGGAGGCAUCAGGCAGCUCGGGGCUCGUCUUGGCGAGGCAGAAAUCACCACUGGGCCCGGGCGGCGUCGGUCUCGUAUCCGCGGCCUCGGGCUCCCUACGUGUCCAGGCGGCUCCUGCGUCAGCGCCCGUGUCCGCAGCAGCGUUGGACGCUGCGCCGACCGCAGCGCCUGCCGCGAUGCCUGCGGCCGCCAGCCCAACUAACAGCCUGUCUCCCGCACAGGCCGCCAUUCUGGAGCAGCUCAAGACGACCUCGCUGGAGCCCAAGCGCUCCGGCGCCGGCCUGGAGCUUCCGUCAGGGGGCUCUGCCGUCCUGUCCACCACCAGUUCCUCCAGCGGGGCUGUGGCGGCUGCCGCCAUCGGAGCCGUGGGCGGAUUGGAGUCGCCAGCCACGUCUUCUAGCAAGUCCAAGGGCAUCACCAGCAAGCUGAAGAGCCUCUUCAAGAAGGACAAGUAAAGCUGUGCCAUUUGUUUGGUGCUUGAAGGCGGCUGGGCCAUGGGGGAUCGUGCUUGAUAACACCUACAACACGUACAUCGUCGGACGUGUCAUUCGUUGACAGCUUUCGACGUCUGCAAUCUUGAUGCUGCUGCAAGCAUCAUUUGCAGUUGUCAGUCCGUGGCGGCUACCUGGCCGUCGCCGCAAGCUGGCCGAACGCCCUGUCGUGAAGGGGCUGCGGUGCCGACUGCUGGAGGCGGAUACUGUGCACUUGUCACGGGCUUGGGACACUGUGCGCUCCUGGACGCCGCUUGAAAUUAGGGGCGGCUGGAGCUAUGUGUUCAGGAGCAUGCGCAACUUCCGGGAUGGCGCAUGAGAACGUCAUGGGGGUCAGUGGGUUCGUAUGUACUUUGGGCAGUCAUCGCCCAUCGGCAUCGUCGUGGGGUCUUGAGGUGUGGGAGGUAGAAACUUGUGGCAUUGUGCACGCAAGAUCUCUCUGCUGAGCCUCCGCUUUCCGCUUGAGCAUUUGCAUUGUGGUUGGAAGGGUUCUGGAGCAUUGAUCUGUGUGGUCACCGUCGGGCUCGUGAUUUGCGGUGGUACACUUACACACUCUCAACAUACUGCUGCAUUCAUACCGGCUGACAGGAUUGGACGUCGUCGUCGUGACUCUCAAAAGUUUUGUGAUUACGCGCUGAGGUCUGUAUGGCGUUCGGGCUGGGCUCAUAGCCCCUGGCAGUACGUUACAUGAUGCUCGAGAGCACCGCUGGGCUGUCCUUGUGACGAGUGGUUACAGAACUCGGAGGCGCCUCGGGUUUGCAACAUACAUUCAUGGUGUAUACGUGCAUAGGUGGCCAGUUCCAAAGCGCAUAAUUCGACACACACUGAUUGCGCCUGACGAGAAAGCAGAUCGUGGAUGCAGAUACUUUAGCGCUCGUUUUCCGCCCUGGCUCGGAUUCUAUCGGUUCGCGCGGCUGUAGUCAUUGCUGGGGCCUGGGGGGAGGCGUACUGCGGAGGAUACGCUUCGCCUGUAUUGCCUGACAACACCCUCACCGACAGACUGUCAGCAGCGCCUGUUGGCGCUGUGGUUCUUGCCGUGGCGCUGCGUUCCCACACUACGCGUUAUUGUGUUUCGUACAUGCCUAGUACAUGCACAGUAAGAGGCAUGUCCGCGCCAUCCACAUUACAAUGCAAGAGGUACC